UACCCAGAAUCUCUCCAAAAUUAGGGCCUCAUGUCAGUAAACAGUUGUGGCAAUUUUUUUUUACUUAUAAGGGUCACUAUCAUUUUGUGUUUCUAUUAUCUGGCAGGGUUUGGUCCAUUUGGUUUGCAUCAAGUUAAUACCAGUUGGGAGGCUGUCAAGGAAUUACCAAACACUGAUCUUGCAGAAGAAGUCAAUUUGGUGAUAAAGGAGAUUCCUGUGGAGUACUGUGCAGUGGAUGAACAGGUUCCUCAGUUAUGGAAUGAAGUAAAACCCAAGCUCUGCGUACAUGUGGGUGUCCAUGGUCUUGCAGACAGCAUUCAACUGGAGAUGUGUGGUCAUAACUAUGGCUACAACAGACCUGAUGAGACUGGCAAAAAAUGUGAAAAAGGCUGUUGUGUUGAUGGAGGAGAGGAGUGCCUGUUUACUUCUCUUGAUUUGGACAGACUGUGCUCUGAAGUGAUGACAGCUAAAAGCCCAUGUCUUGUAGGAACUUCUGAUGAUGCAGGAAGGUUCUUGUGUGAUUAUUCUUACUACAAAUCUCUUCAUCUUGGACAUGGCAGGGGUACUGUGGCAUUUGUUCAUGUACCACGUGCAGACUCACCCUAUAGCCUUGAGGAUCUAGUAAUCUCACUAAGACUUAUUAUCUUCGCUAUGCUAAAGCAAAUCAGCUAGUGGAACUAGUCUUUCAAGCCUGUUGAGGGGGGAAGGAUUGCGCAAAAUAGUUGUUUGGACAUCUUGAACAAUACCAUUGUAUUUUUCUAUUCUGUAAUUAUAAAACAAUCUUGCAGAAAAACAGAAUUGAGAACAGUUAUACAAAGCUGAUAUCACUUAAUUAUAAUACUAUUAAAUUGUCUGCAAUGGAGUACUGCCGUUGCUGCUACAAUUUAGCUAUUUUGCAUGACAAGCUAAGGAAAAGAAUGAACACUACAGUUGUCCAGCAUAACAGUAGUCGGCCAUAUUAUUUAUUAUACUUUUGUGCCAUGAUCUUAAUUCAAAUUAGGCAGCCACAAGCACACAGCUUAUAGCUACCAUAUCUGCAGCAAGACCUCUCGUACUUGUACACAGGGGCUUAUAGCUCAGAAAAUAGUUUUAAAAGGAUUCCUAAUAAACAAAGAUUGGAUUGUAUUUUGAAAGUGA